AGAGAAGAGAGAGAGAGAGCGAGUGACGAGCUGAGUAUUCCUUGCUGCCCUGCUGUCUUUCUGUCCUGCUGAUAUAUCCUCUGUCAUUGACUUAGUCGUCCUUCCCAGGUAAGAAACUCAAUAUGCAGCCCUGACGGCUCAAUUCAGACAAUCUGAGUACGUGCAUGAGUAUUAAUGUGCAUGAGUGUGUGGUUCUGUCAGACCUGGGUUCAAAUAAAUGUAUAUUUGAGUAUUUGAUAUUAAAAUACUUUUUCUGUGUAACUAAGUAUUCUCAAAUACACAGCCCAAAACAAGUACUUUUAUUUGAGUAUGUUAAUAGUUAUUUGUGAAAACCAAAUAGUCUGCCAAAUUGUAUGUCCCGUAUAGCUCAGUUGGUAGAGCAUGGCGCUUGCAACGGCAGGGUUGUGGGUUCGAUUCCCACGGGGGGCCAGUAUGAAUUUUUUUUUAUGCACUCACUAACUGUAAGUUGCUCUGGAUAAGAGUGUCUGCUAAAUGACUAAAAUGUAUUUGACAGUAUGUUCAAAUACAUGGGUUAAAUGUAGGGGAGUGUAUUUGAGUCAGUGUAUUAGAAUUUUUCAAAUACUUUCUAAGUGUAUUUCCAAAUACAUUAAAAUAUUAAACUACUUGUCUUUUCAAAUAAAAUAUAUCUGAAUACUUACUUUGAAUGUAUGUGAAAGUAAUUGAAAUAUUUGAAAUAGUAUUUCAACCCAGAUCUGGGUUUGGUAUAUGUGUAUGUGUAUACACCGGUCCCUACUGUACAUCUCUAUUUGUGCAUCCUAAGUGUGUACGUUUGUUUUUACAUUAUGUGUGAGUUGGUAUGUGUUUGUGUGUAUGUUCCUGUGCUGUCUGCCUCUCUUUUCUCUCUCUCUCUCUCUCUCCUCUCUCUCUCUCUCUUCUUCUCUUCUCUCUCUCUCUCUCUCUCUCUCCAUCUCUCCUCCUCCCUCUCUCCUCCCUCUCUCUCUCUCUCUUCUCUCCCUCCUCUCUCCCUCCUCUCUCUCUCUGUCUCUCUCUGUCUCUCUCUCUCCCUCUCUUCUCUUUCUCUUUCUGCUGAGGUUUAUCAUAAAACAACAAUGCCGGGUCUCUGGUGAAUGCUUCAGCUAUAUACUCCUCUCUCAAACCCAGCCUGCAUUCAUCUGCAUUUUUCUCUCCUUCUCUCGACUCCUGUCUACACUGUCAUCACUGUGGUUUGUCUUCAGCUUGCAUUUGGAAGAGAGGAAUAAUCUGCCCUCCUUUCACGGUGCGUGUGUGUGUGUUAAUGUGUGUGUGUGUGCAUGUGUGUGUUUGUGUUAAUGUAUAUGGUAGUUUGUGUGUGUGUGUGUGUGUGUGCGUGUGUGUGCAUGUGUGUGUGUGCGUGUGUGCGUGUGCGUGCAUGUGCGUGUGUGUGUGUGUGUGCGUGUGUGCGUGUGCGUGCGUGUGCGUGCGUGUGCGUGCGUGCGUGUGUGUGUGUGUGUGUGUGCGUGUGUGUGUGUGUGUGUGUGUGUGUGUGUGUGUGUGUGUGUGUGUGUGUGUGUGUGUGUGUGUGUGAGUCCUGCACUGUAUGAGGUUGGUGUAAUUACACAGUGUAGGUCCACAGGCACUCUGUUUGGCAUCACUCCACAUCCCCUUAUUUUAUUGUGUCUCGUGCCCCAGAGAAACCCGGAAAAACUGCUGUGUCUAAGUCUACUAGUGUGUCGACUGAUGAAUCCUAACAUGUGUCUAUGUAUGAGGCUGUGUCUGGACUAUGUCUGUGUCGACUGAUGAUAAUUAAUGUGCUGUGUGUUUCCAGCCUGUGCUGUCUCUAUGCUGAUGAGAAUGAAUGUGCCUACAAUAUGUUGUGCCUGUGUUUCUCUGUGUCUAUGUAACUGAUGGAGAAUGACAGUGAGUGGUCAGUGGUGUGUUAAUCUCGUUGUGUCAGUCAGUAGUAUUGUUCAUCCUCUCCGUUGUGUCCUGACUGUACCCCACUGCCCUGACGCACUUCCAGCCCUUAUAUGUCUAACCUUGACAUACUAGAUACGUUUACACAGGCAGCCCAAUUCUCAUAUUCUUUCCACUAAUUGGUCUUUUGACCAAUCACCUCAGAUCUUUUCAAGUCAACUCUUUUUCAGAGCUGAUCUGAUUGGUCAAAAGACCAAUUAGUGGAAAAAAAUACCAGAAUUGUGCUGCCUGUGUAAACGCAGCCGAAGAUUGUCAAGAGAUUUGCACCAAACAGCUUUCCAUUGCCACUGUCUAUCUAGAUUGUAGAGGGAAAGCGGUAAGUGAUGUUGAGAGGUUGUUGCGUGGUAUAUGAUGUUUCUAUAGGUUAACAUACAGUAUCUGUGCCCCGAUGCAGCCGGCAGGCACGGAAUGCAGACAGUUAAAAUGAGCCAUCAUGGCCAGUCGAACUGCACACGCACACCACACACACACACACACGCACACCACACACACACACACACACACACACACACACACACACACACACACACACACACACACACACACACACACACACACACACACACACACACCCAUCACACAACACAUUGUCCCUGAAGCCUAUUUUCAGUUGCGGAUACUGUUACCCCUCUAAUAUAGGCUGCUCCAAAACUCUACUCAAAGUUUUUUCUCAUGGCGUAUAGUGGAGCGUAAACGCAAGUAAACCUAGUUUACUCACUUUCUUUUGCUUGACAGUUACCCACCUUUUGCAGAAAAUUGCAUUUAAAGUAAAGGGAGCAUUGCUUUUUUAACCACGAUCGGCGAUCACAGUUUACCCACCUAUUUUUGUUUUACCACUACAUCACUGAUGGCAUAUCAUGAGUAGGCUGCAGCGAUAGUUCACUGUCUGCAGCUGUAUGUGUCAGUGUGCAUGUUACCCAUUCGCUUUCCCCUCUAAACUUAUAUUAACAACCGCAAAGUUUAACAGGCAUGGUAAAAAUACCAUGAGUAUGGAGGCAGAGAGGAACCUGCUUUGAUCUCACAGCUCUGUCAUCUGAUCAUCUCAGCGGCUGCAGUAAUGCUGUACCAAUAUUGCAGGGAGAAGGGACUGGUCACACUGGCGACACACCCACACCUCCACACACACCCGCACACUCUGAGGGCAGUCUGAGAAUAAGCUGCGAAACCACUAUCCCCUCUUAGUCCCUUUUUGGUCCAGGACGUUCAAUGUUCAGACUAUGACAGAGAGAAGGAAGCGCCAAUGCAGUCAUAGUCUAUUCCCUCCCUGUACAGAGCGGAAACCAUGUUGUCUGCACACACACACACCUUAGUGGGGACAGAACGCAUAUGCAACGCACACAGGCACACCGAAAAUAGUCUUGCCAGGCUGUUGUUCUGUAAUUUUAAUUCUACCAGCCUCAUAAACAGGGCGGUAAAUCAGGAUAGGGGCUAGGGGUGAGGAGGGGUUAGGUAGGGGGGAGGAGGGGUUAGGUAGGGGUGAGGGCAGGGGACUGGGGGGAGUGGGACACAGAACAGGCAGCGUGGCUCUGGCAGUACAGCUGAUUUACACUCAUCUCCGGGAGCAUUGUAAAUCCCCCUUAAGCCCUGAGGCUGAGUACAGGGAACUGGGGCACACACACACUUCAAACACACACACACACACACUCCCACACAUAUAUGCACAUGCAUAAACAGACAGUACACUCACAUGCAUGUACACCUGCAGAUACACAGAUGUCUUUAUAGACAACCAACAUGUGCAUAUACGGUAUGGAUGGUCCACUCUCCCAUUAGCACAUUCAGUCCGACUCAGCAGUGGUCAGGUCAGGGUCAGGGAUGUUUUGAGGAUGGUCAGUCAGUGAGGUCAGUCAGCACUCAGCAGGCUUUCUGUCUAUCCUUAGAAUAUUGGCCAUGUUUAUUUUGGACCAGGGUCUUAUCCAGACAUUACAGUGACAGUGAUGAAUGCUAACAGUUCGAUGGCCUCUACCCUCUACCCUGCCCUCUGACUGCCCCUGCCCUGACCGACAUACUGGGAUGGUACAGUAUAACGUAGAGUACAAGGGAAACUAGAAUCAGUUUACCUAACUGCCCAACAUCCUGACCUGGACUCUUAGGGUCAGCGUCUUGAUGAAACUCCAUCCUACUCCGUGUUGAGAACACUUUUAAUUGACACUUCUUCUCUUCUCUCUGUGUCCAGUUUAGAUGAUGUCAUCGAAGCUCCUGUCCUGCGGUUGGCUGCAGCAGCUGCUGGUGGUGCUUCUGAAGCUCACCCUAUCCUUUGCCGGACCGACCAAUGGGACAGAGUGUACGGCCAGAGGUCCUGCCUCCUACAUCCUGGUAUUUACGGGUCACUGGAGCCCCCAGACGUUCCCUAAACAGUACCCGCUGUUCCGACCCCCUGCACAGUGGUCCAAACUCAUAGGUGAGAUGAACCACCAGCUCAGUCCAAAAUCAGGCCCUAACCACUACCUCUAGACACUUCAUGAUACCCCCUUGAUGAUCAGAAAGAAGUGGAAGGGAAUACAGAUACAGUGUAAAUUACUUAUAGUAUUCCUAAUCAUAUUGGUUGUGUCUCAAUGACCUAUAAUGGCCUCCUCUCUUUGCCUUUUUCCCCUCAUGACAACUGGUUGGUGAAAGGAAAGGACACUCAUCACUUUUCACCCAUAAAGCCCUUUCAGGUCACGGCUCACAGGGGAAAGGGGGAAGGAGCGAGGCUAUUUUAAACAACAGAGACACAGACAUUGAUCGAUAGAAAGAGAGAGAGCGAGAGAGAGAGAAGAGAGAGAGAGAGAGAGAGAGAGAGAGAGAGAGGAGAGAAGAUAGAGAUGAGAUCGAGAGAGAGAGUGCAUAGAUGAGCGAGAAGAGAGAUAGAUAGAAUGAGGAUUCCUCCUCUCAUGCAUCUUCUCUAGAGAGAGCUGAGAGCGAGAAAUCCCACCCACAAUUCUGCAUACUCUCUGGGGAAAACCAUUUGACAGAGAGAUAUGGGGAGAGAGAGAUACUCAAGGAACUCUUGUGGUGAGUUGACAGACCAGGUAAAAUACAAAGGCUGCCUUGUACUCAGCAGCCUUGAGAGUGGCAUGUCUCCAUUUGUGGUCACCUCCCGUCUCCUGCUGAUUUCCUCCCUCAUCCUCUCCCCCCUGCGGUCAGGGAGCAGAUCAGGGAUAGUAGGCCUGGCAGGGAUAUUGGCUCGGCCUGCUCCUUUCUUCACCUGAUCAUGUGUUGGAGGUUUGAGGGCUCACAGCUGGCCAGUUAACCUGCUCCGGGCCUCCCCUUCCCCCCAUGGCCCGGCCCUGCGGUCCCAGUCCACCUCCACACACACAGGGGGAGAGAGAGAGAGAGAGGCAGUCAGGCUAAACGCUACCAGAUGAUACAGGGCGGGUACCCCACAGGUUCUCUCUCUUACUUACUCUCUCUCCUUCACUCUAUCUCACUCUCCCUCUCCCUCGCCCUCACCCUCUUCAUUCUCUCACUUUUGGGGCUGCUGGGGUCCUGGAGGCAAAUAGGGGCUAUGAUGGUUUUUAGAGUGUGGUGGGGUCAGAUUACUUACCUCACUAAGGGGGGAAAAGGGCAUCAGGCUCUACUUGGCUCUGCCCUGCCUCGCCAGCAUGGAUGGAUGGCAUAUGUGUGCGUGUGCCAGACUUGCUCUCUGCAUCAUUGUCUGUGGCCGCCGUGGGUUUGUCUGGCUUCCAGAACUCCCUGCCAUGCCCUGUCAGCCUGCCAGUGGGUGAUGGCCUGUUGCUGCAUAUAGAGACAGUAACAUUGCACAUAGGCCCUGGGGACAUGGACACGCCUCUGAUGACAGACUGGAGUGGGCCAGGGACAUGGAGCCCAGGGAAGACAGUUAUAUAAGAGAGUUAUUAGUCACUGAAGAAGAAAAACAUGACCCAUUUCGGGUCUGGGAGUUGAGGAGGGGGGUCGUUAAUUUGCGGGAAGAAAUUGAAACGUUACGUGAAUCUGAAUCUGAAUCUGUAUUAUUGGGUUUCAGGGACUUGACGCUUGUGGGAAACCUGCUAGUAUGGAAAUUCAAUUAAGUGCAUAAGUGACGGCGGUUGAGGAGAAACAGGAUAGUGUGUGAAGUGUGUUUUUUGGGUGCGUCGGGAGUGUGCGUGUGUAUGCACGUGCCUGUGUGUGUAUGUGUUUGCAUGGAUCCUGAGGUGAGGUAAUGCAGAGAUGUUAUAAAAGAGACUGAGACUGUGUGGUCGUUAGUUCAUCUGACUGACCCUCUGCUAGCCUUAUAACCACUGAUCCCGGGCCAUGUGUUGUGUGGCUUAUAAUGGGGAAUGACAGGACAAAGAACAGAGAUCUGACUCAGAAUCAGUUCUUAAUAAGGACAAAGCAAGAACAAAGGCAACAAUCCCUAGUAAAGAGAACAGUGGGAAUGUGAGACAUCAGAAAAAGGAGGGAAGGAGGUAAACGGUGUGGGGAGUGAAAAAACAGAGACAAAAAAAAAAGAAAUGAAAAUGAAUUUGUAUGUGUAAAGAGAUCAUGAAUGCAGUGAGAUUAACUGAUUCUAGAUUAGAGUGAUGGCAUCAAGGCAAGGUGAAAGGAAGAAAAUAUGAAUUUUCAGAGCAUUGGAAAAGUACCUCACUGCCUCCCUGUGUUCUCCCAACAGCUAUCACUCACAACGGGCAGCAUCGGCUAUUUCAGGAAGGGGCGCUGGCGAGUAUAGGGGUGCAGAACUUUGCUGAGCUGGGGGUAACUGUGGAGCUGGUGAAGGGGGCGAAGGAUGCCAGGAAGAGACGGGAGGUCGGUGCCAUGUACAGAACAGCAGGCAUCCCCACUGGCAUAGGGCACAGCUCCACAGAACUGCUGCUGCAACCACGGAGCCCACUGGUAGGCAUCACACACACCCACGCAGACACGCAUGAUGCAUGCACACACACACACACACACACAAACACACACACACACUUCAUUGCUUUACAUAAACCUCUUCACGACCUUUCCACCAUCCGUUCUGCUCUCCGCUCCAACCACAAAUCCUUACCAACAAACACACUCCUUAACUCAAUCCAUUGUCAACUCAUGACCCGGUCCCACCACAGGUAAACCCCUUGACUCACUCCACCCUCCCUGGCCAAACACUUCAUCACUCUUUUACAGUGCUCCAAUCAGGCUAAGUUUAGCAUCCAGCCCUACGGCCACAAACGCCCACAUCCGUCCUGCCUGGUCUGGACUAUGUCUGCUGUCUCCCCUGCUGAACUCAGGGCCCGGGCGGUGGCUUCAUGGGGCUGGUGCUGGGGCUGGAGCUGGGAGUGAGGCAGUAACAAUAGGCAAGGGCUGGGGCUUUGGCUGGGGAUUAGGGCUGGGGCUGGGGCUGGGGAUUGGGCAGGGGCUGGGGCUGGGGCUGGGGCUGGGGCUGGGGCUGGGGAUUGGGCAGGGAGUGAGGCUGGAACAAUAGGCUAGGGCUGGGUUUGGGGGUGAGGCUAGCCAGGCUAGGUGGGUUCUAGGCUGCCUGGGGCCUGCGUCUGUUUGUUUUUCUUCGCCGUCGCACUUAGUUGAUGACUGAAGUGGAGAGAGGGGGAGAAAGGGGGAGAGAGAGGGAGGGAGUGUAGCUCCUGGGGAUUUGGAAAUAUAAGGGGCUCAGAGUGGAGAUGGCGAUCUACAUUUUGUUUAUUAGUAACUCCACUGCCUGCCCGCACCUGGAGCCCGUUGCGCAAACAACCCCCAUGAAAAGCAUCUCUCUCCAGUACUGCCUGCCCCAUACUGAAGGCUGGCAUUUGUCUGGAAUUCUCUGAUCUAAAUGUGAGGUAUGUGGUGUGUGUGUUUGUGCUGGCUUGGCUAAUCUGUUUUUAGAUCAGUGGGUAGCAUGACGGAGAAUGGGGGCAUGGAGAUGUGUGUGUCUUUGUGUGGAACGUGACAACGAUGGAUCAAAUUGGCCUUCUCUGGAAAUACACAAAGAGAUACACACGUAGGCGUAUGCUUAUGUGCGCGCGCACACACACACACACACACACACACACACACACACACACACACACACACACACACACACACACACACACACUCUCACACAUCCUCUUUUCCACAAAGCAAACACUUAUGCAAUGCUCCAAACAUCCUCACAUGAUUCUCAUCUCCAUAUACAUAAAACCCUGUUCUAUUUCUGUCAAGCACAUCAUUGGAACCAGACAGAUAACAACAAACAAUUCACCAACUACCAGAACCAAUCGAGUCUACUCUGCACUAGGAAACCACUGCAUUUCUACAGAUUAGUGCGACCAGUAAUGCAUAUUUCCCUUAAGCUUCUGGUACUGCCAGAUUUGGGCGGGUUGUGGUUGGGGAUUUUUCAUUCUCUGGGCCUGGGACGGCUCUGUGGGCCCUGGGGAGAGCAUGCCUGGAUGGAGUGUGAUUGUGAUUAUGGGACUAUAAGUGGGUAUCAGUGUGUGUCAACGAGUGUCUCUGUCCUUAAAGUACAAACUGCUGCGCUCGCGGUGGACAGAACGUGUUAAGAUAGAUACACCGCCUUCCCACUCGCUGCACAGGCCAAUGAAAUGGAUAUAGCAGGAGGGAUUCCUGGAAAAACCACAGUUUGAGAGAAGGUUUAGAAAGAUGAGAGGGAGGGAGGGAGGGAGGGAGGGAGCGAAGGAGGGAGGAGGUCAAUGAAGGAUUGAUUCUGGAAGUGGAUGGAAGAGUAGACAUGCCCCUGGGCUAGUCGGUGGUCUCUCUAGUCUCUCUGUUUACUCCUCAUCCCUCACUGUGUGUCACAGGAUAGAAACACACAACUGAUGUCAUCCUCAUUGACUUGCUGCUGCUGCUUCCCAGAGGCCAAACUCUCCACACCACUCCACCCUAAUGCACCUAAUGCACUUUGAUGUCUGCCCCAUUCCACCCCGUCCUCCCCCAUCCAAGCCUGUCCACCCUAACCCAUCCUGUCCCAGCUCAGCCCAGAUCCACAAGUAGCAGGCGUCCUGUCCCGAGGGAGGCUGUGCUCUCUUCCUGGUUUUUAAUGUGCUGUUUUCUGGGCGCCUGCCACCCCGGAGCCGGUUCCCAGGACGCUUCCUGCAUGAGGUCACUGCCUUUCAGGAAACAUCCAUCACAGAGGAGAGAGGGGAGUAGAGGAGCAUAGAGUUUAACCCCACACAGGAAACAGCGGGGUGUGCUGGAACUGGCGGACACACACGUCAGGCUAUUACACAACCAGGACCUGUAAAGCCAAUGACCGAUUUUGUCCACCUAUGUGUGUGUUAGCUUCAGUUAUAAUCCUGUCUUAUUAGCACAGCCAAUAUUACACAAACAUGAUCUGAAUAGUGUACUGUAACUAAACUCUCUAAUUUCCUCUCUCCACCUCCUUUUCUUCCUCCCCUUCCUUCUCCCUCCCUCCUCAAUGGACACAGCUCUCUCUGAUGGUGAAGGUGAUCCCUAGCCCUGAUUGGUUCGUGGGGGUGGACAGUCUUAACCUCUGCGAGGGCGGCCAGUGGAAACAGGAAAUUACCCUUGACCUCCAACCCUUAGACGCAGGGACGGACAGUGGCUUCACUUUUUCUUCACCCAACUAUCCCACCGUACCCCCAGGAAAACAUCACACGGGUGAGACAGAUGACUUCUCCCCUCCUUUCACCUUCACCUGAGGGGGAAAGAGGGCCACGGAGGUUGCCCCUCGCUCUAUAAUGACUAGGCUUUAAAUAGGCCAAUUGUAGCCUAUAUAGGGGAAACUGGAUACCUCUUAAAGCCCCCUGUGGUGGAACAUUCCCCUAACAUGGAAGACUUGAAAGUGUAAUUGAACUUUUUCCACUAACAUAAAGUCACAGUUAAAGCACACAGCCUUGAAUUAUUAAGAAGUACCGGUAAUAAUCUGUGAUUAGUGUGUGUUUUAGUGUGUGUUUUAGUGUGUGUCUUAGGGUUUGUUGUUGACCGUUUUCUAUAUGUUGUUGUCCCCCUCCAGAUAACUUCCCAGAUGCCCAACCACCCAGCCAACUCCUUCUUCUACCCCCGUCUCACAGAGCUCCCGCCCAUAGCCUCCAUACGGCUAACCAGACAGAGCCGUUCACCUGCCCGUCAAACUCCCAUGUCCAAUCACAUUCUGCCUCACCCUAUCCACCCUCAACGCUUCUCAGGUAGGUUUACAUGCACACAUCCCCCCAUCUCUUCCUCUCUUUCUCUUUCUUUCUCCCUCUCUCUCUGUGAUCAUCACGAUUCACUGUAUUUCUGUGUUAUUCAUUCACCACAUCUCUUUCCCUCUCCCUCCCUCUCUCAGAGACACCGUUAGACUGUGAGGUGUCUAUGUGGUCGUCCUGGGGUCUGUGUUUGGGGCCCUGUUCCAGGGGAGGGAUCCGCCACCGUACCCGCUACAUCCUCCUGCGGCCGGCUAACGCUGGAACCCCCUGUCCCGAGCUGGAGGAACAGACCGAGUGCAUGCCACACAACUGUCUGAAGCGCCAGUGACCCCGACAGAGUAGGGUGAAGUUGCCCCAAGACACUGAUUUAAAGUCAGUUUUAGGUUUAGGCCAGUAAGGUUAGGAUUCGGGGCGGUAAGCUGAUCCUAGAUCUGUGCUUAGGGGGAACUUCUAAUUGGAGCCACACCCCUGGCAGUCUCCAUGGUAACACUGGGACUCUGCCGGACUCUGAAAAU